GUUCCUACCUCUGCAUACAAGGUUGUCAUCAGUAUUUAACAUUUCCUGUCUGGUUCCUUACCUAUUCAAUAGUAUUUUUAAUAGCAAUUUUAUCCACCGAUCGCUUUACCAUACCAAUCUUAAAAUAAACUCGUAAACAGUCUUCCAAAAGGAGGACUUUCUUCUGCUCGCCGCAUGUGUACCUUGAAGAUGACAAGCCGGAGACCAACUCGUAGAGGAAGAGUGAUAACUUAAUGAAUAAUAAUUCACAACUGAUUUAAUCACAGGUCAACCCGAAGAAGCUUUUUGGUACAUGUACAUGUAUCUUUACCAUGAAAUUAGGGUAUUUAGAGGCCACUCUAUAUUUUGUUGUUUGGUUCCCAGAAGUCUUUGCCAUUGUGUAUUGUAUUGUAAAUUAUUGGAGUACCGGCGUAUAAUCUUUCCGGGCCCAAAUUUAAAGCGCGCGACAGUGGCGGUGUUUACAAACGUGGGAAUGAACGACGGAUCUGUUGCUAUUUUCUGGAUCACCUGAUCAAUGAUCUGAUAAUAACGAUGUGUCCCGUGUGGACUCCUCUGACCCUGCCUCCCAGUCCAGAUGAGGUCCAGGCUUUGUCAGAUGAUGCAAGGACGAUUUUGAAAGCUCUUCGCGAAGCGCACAGAAAGAAGCGAGAAGCACUCCUGCAGAGUCGCGCCCCACCGGAUCCCAAAACGUACUACAGGGCUCUGUAUAGGGAGAGCUUUAAGGAAGAAACACCCUGUCUGAACCAAGAGAACUCUUCUGGUGAGCUUCAAGCUCCUGGGAAUUAUGUAGUCUCAGUGCUGGGGCAAAGAUCUACAGAUGAAAGUUCUCCUCGGGUUUCCUGUAGGCAAGAUGUGCUUCAUCGUGAGCAGAGUCAGGGGUCUAAACCAUCCAGUAGUGGCGUGGGAAAAGAUUCCCAUCGGUUUCCUACAGCGGCCUCCCAAGAUGAUGUCGGGUCCUGGGAUUUUGUCUCCGAGCCUUUCCCCCAAUACUCUGCAGUAGUCUUUUGUCAGGAUGUCUCCAAGACAAGCAGAGCAGAUAAAGCCGAGUCGUACUGCGGUACUAGGGUUAGGCAUCCUGUUAAUGCAUCCUCCAACAGUCAUCAAGCUGGGUUGAGUCAGGGAAGUCCAAGCAGGCUGCAGGAGGCCAUAGAACUAGGGUCCUGCAUCCUCCCGGACAGCCCCCCUAUCGACACCAGGUGCUACCAAGAAUUCAAUAAAACCCGUCAGAAUUUACCCAGCCCCAACCUCGAUGCCAACCCUGCUGAACAAGGCAGAGGCUCAGACGUAGCCAAAUUCAGGAAGACACCGUUAGAAGAUUUCCCCAAUGAUAGGGCCUGGCAGAUGUCCCCUGAUACUGUUGAAGUGAAGAGGCCGCGACUCGGCCUAGGGAAUGUCAGAGACAGUGUUGUUAUCAUGAAGCAGGUGCCAGUAGGAACAACCCCCUCAGGAGCUUCAUCUGAUGCAGGCCGGCCUCUUCCGCAAGAGAGCUGCAGCCCAAGAAGAGUACAUCUGGUGGGAGACAGUGUAGGAGAAGUAGGGGUGACUUGGGUCCCUUUUGAUCAAAGAAAAAAAGCAGGAACUGGACUUUCUGCAGGGUGCAAAUCAAAUAGCACUUCUGUUCUCGGAAGUCAUUCUUGCUCGGAUGUGAAGGUGGGCAGUCGGUCUCAUCAUGGUUUACCAGCACAGCCAAAGGUGAGUGACUCCUCAACUUCACGGACGAACGAAGUUUUGUCGGGGGCUCAGAUGUGCAAUAGAAAAGCUGACCAGCCAACUGUUGAUGAAGUACGUGUGGUUGAAGGGUUCUUCGGCUUCUCUGGCAGUGCUUUGCACGGAAAUGAAGGGCUUAUCAGGAAUGUUGCCAGCAUGACGCCUGCAGCGAGAGAGGAGGUUGGCGACAGGCUGAGCAGAGUAGACGAAGUGUCCAUGUGCCUCGUGUACAAGGAUGGGUCCUCGCAGCUCAGGGAACCAGACCAUGCCAACAGUAAAAUUAGAGGCUUUGGUUGUAACGACAGCUCGGCUGAGUGGUUAGUGUUGGCUUAUGAUGUACAGCAGCCUUCUGCAAAGGAUGAAAGCGUCAGGCCCACUGAUGUUGACGGUACUGGCAAGCAUCCAGGGAACAGGCUGGAGUUUAUCUCUGUGCCUGUCUGCGGCAAGCGAGAGAGACCGGCCCAAGAAUGGAGCAAGGAGAUGCUGCUGCGUCUGAUGGGGAAUGACACCGUGAAGAAGAUCUGCUUUGAUGCCCAGGAGAUGAUCCACACACUGAUCUGUAGCUUCAGUCUUGACCAUGCAACAGUGAGUUCCAAUUGGCUGGUGAUGGACCCCAAAGUGGCGGCCUGGCUCAUCGAUGCUGACCAUCCGCCAAUCACGUUCUCGGAUCUUCUCGGCAAGUACUUACCCAACCAAGCCAGCCGAUCAGAAACAAGAAUGUCGUCCACGUGCUCCGACCUUUCAUUGCUGGGGGCUGCCAUGAAGCGUAUGUUCUACAUGCUGAGUGAAGCUGGCUUGUGGCAGCUAUUCUUACAGGUGGAAAUGAGGCUCUGCCCAAUUCUGGCAGUGAUGGAAGUACAAGGGAUUUGUGUGAACUCGCAAACUUUGGAAGAAUAUGGGAAGUUACUUCAGAGCAAGAGCCAGCAAGUGGAGAAGGAGGCUCACAAAGCGGCCGGCUGCUGCUUUCAAAUCACGAGCCACACUCAGCUGAGACAGGUUUUGUUCGAGGAGCUUCAGCUCGACAAGAAGUAUCACGGACGGAAGCUCGCCCGGACAAACGUGCUGAACUUAAAAUCCACAUCAGAAACUGUGUUACUCAAGCUGCAGGACCUGCACCCAUUACCCAAAUUGGUCCUCCAGUACAGGCAGCUCGCCAAGCUCAAAUCCACCUAUGUUGACGGAAUCUUGGACUGCAUUGAAGAUGGCUGCAUACAUACAAGCUGGGAGCAUACUGUUGCUGCUACCGGCCGCUUGCAGUCGGCUGAACCUAACAUCCAGAAUAUCCCUAAGCAGCCCGUUCUUUUAGAUUCUGAUGGGACCCAGGCAGAUACCAGAGGGACGGGUAAUGUCAUCAUCCUGGCCAGAAAGCCGUUUGUCAGCCGCAACGACUGGUCGUUCAUUGCCGCAGACUUCCAGUCGAUUGAGUUGCGUCUCCUGGCACACCUAUCCCACGAUCCUGUCCUGGUGCGCGCCUUCAACAAGAAAGACUGCACAGAUAUCUUUGUGGAGUUGGCAUCUCAGUGGGUUGGUGUGCCUACGUCUAGUGUCACCAGCGCCGAGAGGGAAAAGACAAAGAGGAUUGUCUACUCGGUGAUCUAUGGAGUUGGACCAGACAAGUUGGCCGAGACUCUCAGCGUUAGCCGCGAGGAGGCCAAGACGUUCACCAAAAGCUUCCUUGGCACGUUUCGAGGUGUCCAUUCCUUCACCAGGGCCUGCACCUCCUGCUGUCAGCAGCAAGGCUUCAUUCAGACUAUCCUUCGACGGAGGCGCCUCAUUCCCAGCAUUAAUGCCUCCGAGUUCCAUGCCCGCUCCCACGCCGAGAGGCAGUGCGUCAAUUUUGUGGUGCAGGGGUCUGCUGCUGACAUAUGCAAGGUGGCCAUGAUCCAAGUUGUGCGUGCCUUGGCAGCUCGACCUGAUCUCAAAGCUAGACUACUUGUUCAGAUUCACGAUGAGUUGUUACUGGAGGUUGCUGACAGUGAUGUCGGAGAGGUCAAAGGACUCGUUAAGUCUGCAAUGGAGGUGAACGAAUUUCACUGCGGCGUUCACGCUCAACUACAGGUACCUCUACCAGUCUCAAUCAGUGUUGGCAAGAACUGGGGCCAGCUUGAAUGCGAGCAACUCUGACUCAAGCUCAGCGAGAGAGUUUGACACCAGAAAUGCCCCCGACGAGCCAAGAUCGAUUCAUUGACUAGGACACAGACACAGCCAUGAGACAAUCACCGAUGACCAGAACUUAAAGCCAUUAUGAGGGUGGGUCCAUCCUGUUCCAGGUGGUAAAUACUUGUUACUUUCCUCGUCUCUGACCAAUAGGAGGUUGUGACUUAGCCAAAGUGUGGGUGCGCUCAAGUGAAGUACACUCGCCCAAAUAUGGUGCGUCUGUAGUACAGGUGUCUCCUUGGAUUAUAGUCUGUGCAUAUAUGGAAUGAGCUCGUAUUUACUUUCUUGGAUUGGCAUGAAUGUUACCUUGUUAAACUUGAGAUUGAAGCUGUGCAAGUCAUUUAUGUUGUAUAUAAAUAGUUCAAAGAAGUGUGCUUGCCAUAAGGUUUGUUUGAACAAGGAAACGUAUUGCCCUUUGAAUUUAUGAUGCUUAAUUAAUUCAUAAAAUUUUCUCUUUAUAUAUCAGUUGUUUUUUUCAUGAAGUCUUUCUACACUGCAGCAGUAACGUUUCGUUGCUUUGUUCAAUUCUCUACUUUGAAAACGAACUGUUCACAGUUCGUGGUGAUUGAUUUACCGCGGAUAGGAAUUUUGAAUACAGUAUAAAUGAAAUUGUUGAAUACAGCUGCCAAAUUUGAAUGUAGUAUUUAUGCAAGCAUGUGAAAAGAGCCUAGUGCCACCUGCUUCAAAUGAAAGAAAGAAUUUGCUUCGUUCAAAAUUGAUUAAGACACUUUGAUGCAUUUGUUUUUCUUAGUCCAGCUCACAACUGUCACGUUCUUGCCUGCGUUAUUCAUAUUCUGUUGGCAGUAUUGAUUCUCGCUUGUAGAUUUUACGUAUCACAACUGCACUGAACUUGACCGCAAUUGUCUGAAAGAGAUCAAUAGAGGGUGCAGUGAUUCUGCAUUCUUAACAAUUAAUUUUAGAAUUUGUUUCAAAGGAGGGCGCUAUUUCAUUUUUUAUUUUGAUUUUUAUUUCAACAGAGGGCGUUACUUCCAUUUUUCAUAAACAAGAGGGCGCUGUUGGUUUUUAUGAGUUGUAAUAUGUAUGCCAAUAGAGGGCGCCGUCCAGUUUACCGAGGUUGUUUAAAAAGAUCAACAGAGGGUGCUAUUUAUUUCAUCAAUAGAGGGCGCCAUUUACUGUGUGCCUCGCGCGCUGUACAAUUGAUUACAGAAUUCCCCAAUUAUUCAAAGUACUUACCUGCAAUACAAUUGGAAUUAUAUAAGACAAUGGAGGAGAGACUCACUCUGUAUAUUCGUUCGUUGUAUUGCAAGCUGACCCCCCUUUGAAGCUAAUGGAAUAGUCCACAGUAGGUAUUCAAAGUUCGCAUAAUGCUGCCCUAUUCAUGGUCGAAAGGUUUUCCAUGUGUGCCCCUUGUUCCUGCGCUGGGUUGUCUUUUUAAGCUUGAUGAGCAAUGUUGACUGGCGGCGGUGACCUGCGGCCCACUUUGUCGGGAGACCCAAGACUAUGGCAUCCGAGACUGGCCCUCCCAAGACCGAGACUUUGCCAGGGCGAGACUGAGACCAAGACCGCAGAAAAUGGUCUCGAGACCAGAUCUCGAGACGUACAACAAUAUUGACGACUUAGCUUGGCAUGCCCAACUUUGCCUAUCCUGAGUGCAUUUGAAUGAAAUAGCAAGAACUGGGCUAUUACCAGUUUUAAAGAGUUUUGAUUUCAUGUCAUGGAUGGGAUGACUUAAUCCGACUGACGUCUGUGCAUCCCACGUAUCUUGCUACCCCCCCCGCUCAUUUUCUUGGAUCAGUUUUCUUUUUUACAUACUCUUAAUCUUUUUACAGUAUUUCAAUCUCGACACGAUGUCACAAUACAUGUACUUAUUGUUUGGCCAUGUCCUUAUUCUUUUUAAAAUAUUUCUUUCCAACCAAAGUUGGGCAUACCCUACUGUGUGGACACAGUUGGGUUAGAAUGCCCUAAUUUUCAUUUCAAUUUGUCUUUUUUCUGAAACUGAAUACUAUUUGGAAAUCACAUGAGGAGCAGUUCAUUGCCCUGAAAAAGUUAAGUUAAAGAGGCGGUCAUUUAUUAACUAAAAAACGCCCGUGAGAGUUUCAAUAUUAAACUGUUCCAAUGUU